AUGGCGCCGUGGAGAUGGAAUCGGCGGGCGAGCUCGAAGAUGAAGAAGAAGAAGAAGGGGAAGAGCCCCCACUUGCUCGUAGUCGCGGAAGCCGAGGCGUUGCUGGCGAUGAAGGAGUCUCCGCUGAGCGAGGCAGUGGAAAGCGUGGCCACACUGGCGACGAAGAUUCCCCCACUACGCAGGGCGGCGGAAGGCGCGGCGACGUCGGUGACGAGGGAUCCCCCAUUGCGCGGGGCGGCAGUAGGCACGGUAACGCUAGCGACAAAGAUUCCCCCACUGCGCGGGGCGGCGGAAGGCACGGCAACACUGGCGACGAAGACUCCCCCACUGCGCGGAGCGGCGGAAGGCGCAGCGACGUCGGCGACGAGGGAUCCCCCACUAUGCGGUGUGGCAGAAGGCAUGGCAACGCCGGCGACGAAGAUUCCCCCACAGCGUGGGAUGGCGGAAGGCGCGGCGACGUCGGCAACGAGGGAUCCCCACUAUGCGGGGCAACAGCAAGGGUAUGACCGCCGACGACGCAUGGCGGUGGGCGGAGAUCAGCAGCUGGAUCAGGAGAAGCGACAAGAAGAGCUGGAUGACGUGGGACAGCACCAGAGAGGACGCCACAAGUGGAGGAAAGGCGUGGCGAAGAAGGACACUACAAGGACAAGGGAAGGCGUUCACCGAACGGUUCAACAGAAGGAAAAGGAGGUCGGCAGCGAGGAGAGUGAGAGUGGCAUCACCAGGAGCGGUCUCCUGCGCAAAGAGAGAGCGGCAAUGGGGUGA